CACGUUGCAUUCUAAAAUUUGGCGCACAUCGUCAUGGCUGGUAAUUAUAAGAACUUUAUGAAGCUGUUGGAGUCGUGGCCACUGGACAAAAGUAAAGCUGGCAGAGAUCUCGGACAGCAUAUUCGUGACCAAUUGAAAGUUGCAUUUGUGAAGGGUGAAGCUACUAAUCCACCGAAUCCGGAACAGUGUAAUCGAUAUUAUUUAAGCUUAAAAAGGAUUUCAUCAAACCAUUAUGGACAACUUUACAAGCGCUCUUUAUUAAGUACUGCGAGCGGAUUGAAUAAGGAACAAUGUAACUUGGCGCUUUCUCCAGAAAUGUUAGAAUAUUUGAAAGAAGACGAAAAGGGAAUAUUUCGCAGGUUUUUUAGAAAAUUAAGACAUCUUAUAAGAAAUGGUUAAGUUUGCGUACUUUGUAAAUCAGUUUGGUAAGAGUAGAUGUUUUACUAACAAAAGACAUGCAUUGUUAGGAAAUAACAACUUGUUAUAUUUGGUGAGGCGAUAUAGUUUUGACAAUGUCUGCUCUGACAAAAAUCUUCAUGUGCCUGUUAUGGCACAGGAAGUAUUAACAUAUAUGGCUCCAUCGCCAGGCAAAGUAUAUGUAGACAUGACAUUUGGUUCUGGUGGGCAUGCCAGUAAACUUUUAGAAUCUUCACCUAAUAUAAAAAUAUUUGCAUUAGAUAGAGAUCCCUUAGCGUACGAAUAUGCAAAAAAGUUAUCUCAGAAAUAUCCAGGACAAAUAAUUCCUUUGUUAGGUAAAUUCUCUGAGUUACCACAAUUACUUAAAGAAUACAAAAUUACAAAAAAUAGUAUAGAUGGCUUUUUGUUUGACUUUGGUUGUUCAUCGAUGCAGUUUGAUACAGCGAAUAGAGGUUUUUCUUUAUCAAAAGAUGGACCGUUAGAUAUGAGGAUGGAUGGAUUUCGGUGUCCCGAUCAAAUUACUGCCGCGGAUGUGUUAGAGAAGGCGAAGGAGGAUGAUUUAGCUCGUAUCAUAAAAAUUUACGGACAAGAGAAGCGUGCUAAGAAAAUUGCACGUGCCAUUGUUGAUGCUAGAUAUAUGUUUAGGAAAUUAGAGACAACGAAGGAACUGGCUCAGUUGAUAGAAUCCACCCUAGAUGGUGAAAUCAGAAAAGAUAGUCUUGGUAGAUUUUCACAUAGUGCCACAAAAACAUUUCAAGCACUUAGAAUCUUUAUUAAUAACGAAUUAAACGAAAUUAAUUAUGGUAUACUUCUCGCGCAGAUAUACUUGAAACUAUCCGGUCGUUUAAUAACAAUCUCUUUUCAUUCACUCGAAGAUACUAUAGUUAAAAGACAUAUUUCUGGAAACAUAACUGACAAUGUGGCUAAUACCGUGGCGUUAAAAUAUGCCAAUUAUGGCAAAGUAUUUGAUAAAGACGAGUAUGAAAAAUUGACGGAAAUACCGUGGAAAAUGAUGCAUAAGCAUGUUCUGACACCUACGGCUGAAGAAAUCGAAACUAAUCCGAGAUCGCGAUCAGCAAAAUUGCGUGCUAUUAUGAAGAUGAAAUAAAUGUCUAUAUACAGAGUUAUAAUAGUUUACAUCUUUUUAUUAACGUACAAACUUGUUGAAAUGUAUUUGCAUACGAAUAUUUAUUAUAAUAGAAUGUAUUAUCGCACUGUACAUAAACAAUAAAGAAAGUUGCUUAA